AUGAACUACCUGCACCACCCAUACGCCUUCGGCGGUCAUAAUGCGGUUCCAUUCGAUCAAUCCAUGGCCUACGACCCAUCCAUGGCACAUCAUGCUAUGGUGCACCCAAUGGAUGGCUACCUAUACCCUCACGCACCAUACGAGAUGGUUGACUUCUACCAUCAACCGAUCAUGGACUACGAAGAAUACGCGGAGAAUCUGUCCCGUCCGAGGUUGACCAAAGAACAAGUGGAGACGCUCGAGGCUCAAUUCCAGGCUCACCCCAAGCCAAGCAGCAAUGUCAAACGUCAAUUGGCCGCUCAGACAAAUCUGAGCUUGCCUCGAGUUGCUAAUUGGUUCCAAAACCGACGAGCAAAGGCAAAGCAGCAAAAGAGACAAGAGGAGUUUGAGAGAAUGCAAAAGGCCAAAGCAGAGGCCGAGGAAGCUGUUCGGAGUAAGACCGACGGUGCGGACAACACAUCUGACUCGAACCAGAGUGAUCAGACGACCAAGGAGGAGACGGAUAAAGCCAAUGACACCAAGAAAUCAGAGUCGAGCGCAUCCGGGGAGCAAAAGAAGAGCUCUGCUUCGUCCCGAUCUAAGCACCACAAAUCAAGGAGCGAGUCGGCUCGAGAGGCCACUUUCGCCUCGUUGCAGAGAGCUCUCCACGCUGCCGUGGCGGCUCGUGAGCAUUACGGCACCGAGUGCGAGCAGGACCGAAAUGAUGACGACGACAGUGUUGGAGGAUCCGUAUCCCCAACGACGUUUCCCCUGAGCGCUCGGGCCAAUGACCACGAUGACUCGGAAAGCGCCCACAGUGCUCUCAACACCCCCUUUUCAGGAUGGGAGAGUGCCAAAGAUUCUUCAGUAUCCUGGACCUCUCAGAGCGCUCAGGAGCCCUUCGGAUAUACUGGCCUGAACACCCCUUCAUUUCCCUCGACGGAAGGUUCGCUGCAGCGUGUCAGUCAAGGUGAGGAAUGGGCGAGCCAAUUGGCGACGUCGGCCGAAUCGAUGCCUAGCCACCGUGCAUCCGUCGAUGUUGGUUCCUCGUCAUACGGAACGAUCCAUUACUCUGUCAAGCCGGAGCUGUCAAGGCGAGGCUCGUCCGAUGAGCUCGCCAGCACCUUGCAGGGCAUUGGAAUCGACACCAGCGGCUCGCCUUAUGGCUUGUCGCAGCUGACUGGCCGGUCUUCAUGGAAAGACGCUGGGAAAGAGCUUGACCUUGCUGCGCGAAGAAAGCGGCCGAGGCCGGCGGCCAUCGGCACUUCGCGAUCUGCCUCGAUGCUGGCCGGGCCGUCUGCCAUGUCACCGACUAUGCGCCUGCCGAACGGCACUGGUCACGGAGUGGUGAGACAGUCCAAAUCUGCUCAGAGUCUCAGCUCGCGGUACGCUGGUGUCCGAAAGGCGUCGGCCGCGCAGCGUUCGCCCUUCAACCUGUCCACCUUUGCCGAGGCGGGCACUUUGAAUAGCAAGGCGGAGAUGUCAAGCAUGCUGCAACCUACGGUCACCACGGGUGCGUUGGCUCCACCGACACCGCUGACUCCGGAGGACCUUCACCACUUGCUUCCAGCCACUCCAUCUGACGGUGGGUACUGCCUGUCCGCACAACCGACGAGCCACCUGUUCCCCGCGACUCAGCCCAUGCAGAUCAACAUCGCGUCUCCUCCGGCUACUCCGCUCGCGGUGGACAUGAUGUCGUCGUAUUCCUACCAUGGCGUCGCUCCGCCGAUGUCUGCCCCUGCUCACUACUCGACCUUUCCGGAGUAUCCCUCUUGUGACGGGGCCUCUUUGACGGGCCGGAGCUGGGCUGACCCUACGUCUAUGCCUCCUUCGGAGCAAUCGUUCGCCGCCCGCUGCCAGAUGGAGAUGCCCACUGUGUCGUACGCGCAAGCGGUCGAUCCGCCUGGUGCAACUGCGGAUAUCGGGCAGGUUUCUGGACCCCACUCCUUGAUGUUCUCAGCCAAAGAUAUCGACAUGCACAUGUCGACGGGAUCGCCAGCUGAGGAUGCGCGGCCCACCGAAUUUCAGAUCCAAGAGUUUCCUGAACAGCAAGAGAUCCACCGAUUCGUCGCUCAGCAGCUUCCAUCGCACAAACCCAAGGCCUACACAUUCGCCGCCAAUUCUACGCCACACAAUUUUCAGAACUGA